AUGUACCUUCUUUCAACAAGUCAGACACCACUCAAUCAAGUGGAUAGCGAGAUGACUGGAAUGAAUGAUGCACAGAGAUUGCGGCUUACUACAGCUGGAGGCGGUUUUGGACCUGUGGCUGAUCGUGGUUAUGGAGUAUCGUACAUUGUAGCUGGUGAAGAUCAGAUCUCCUUCCAUAUUUCUAGCAAGCGAUCUGCAGAUAACACGAGUUCAAAAGAAUUCCGUGAAGAACUCAAACGCUCGCUGAGAGAUAUGAAGGCACUGUUUGAGGAAAAAGCCAAAUGA